UGUUUGUGUGUGUGUGUGCGCCUGCGGGGGCAUCAUGUAUCUAGGCCACACAAUACAGGCUGGGGGUUCAUUGUUGCAGCCUACCAGCAGGCCUGUCACUGCCCAAAGGGAUGAGGCCCCUGUGAGCGCCUCGGGGGACCGCCUCGGCAUGCAUCUCACUCAUCUCAACCGUGAGUGUCUCCUCCACCUUUUCUCCUUCCUGGACAAGGACAGCCGCAGGAGCUUGUCCCUUACAUGUCGUCGACUGCGCGAGGUCUUCCUGGACCCUCGCCUCUGGAGUCUGCUCCACUUCAGCUCCCCGUGUCAGCUCAGGCGGGACAACUUUGUGCUGGGGCCGUCGCUGCGGUACUUGACUAUCUGCUGGCACUCCAGCAGGGUCCAGCAGGUGUGCAACAUCGAGGACUGGCUGAAGAGCUCCUUCCAGAAGGACAUCUGCAGCAAGCAUGAGAACCUGGUCAGCACUUUCCUGGCUCACGUCUGCCACAUGUGUCCCAACCUCCUGUCGCUGACGCUGUCGGGCUGCGCGCACAUCACCGACCAGGACGUGACCUCCGUGCUGCGGAGCUGCCCCAGGCUGCGCCGCCUCYGCCUGGAGAACUGCGUCCGCAUCACAGACGCCAGCCUGCGGGGCRUGGCGGCCCACGGGGCCAGCCUGGAGGAGGUGAGGGUGGAUUUCUGCAGGAACAUCACGCAGGCGGGGCUGCGGAGGUGCCAGGAGGCGAGGCCGCUCGUCAGGCUGAGCGCAGAGAAGAGCGCCGAGAUGAUCCCCGACAGCACGCCCGAGGAGAAGGUUGCAGUCAGGAGGACCCUGCAGAAGCUCCUGCAGGUCUCCUGAUGGCCGGCGUCCAUCCACAGGAAGACACAUCUCUACUGACUUUCACAAGGAUCCUGCUUUUUUAAAUGUACCUUUUUAAAGCAACUUUUUAUACAGUAAUUAUUAAAAAUAUUUUUUUCCAUAUAAGUUUUGACUUCAUAUGUGAGCUUAUCACUGAUUCCUAACACAUUACUGUGAUGUAAUUGUUUACUUUGGAUGUUUAAAUAACUCAUUCCUUACAUGCUUUCUUAAAGCUCCAACCUGUAUGACUAAACUACAAGGAGCUAAUUUUUUUAAAAAAAAAAAAAAAAAAAAAAAAAAAAAAAAAAACGUGAUCAGACUUUGACAGUUUUUGUCAAAUCCUAAAAUUUACACACACAAGCUUAGGUUAUAUGCUGGGGAUGACUCUCAGCUACGAUCACAUCGAUUUGCAGAUCAGUAUCUGUAAAACUGUCUGAGCCAGAAGCAUUUUUGUGUUUGCUGAGGUCGACUGGCUGCGGUGGUCAUCUUGAAACAAGCGGACACAAAAAUCAGUUGUAGAUGCACCUUCAGUAAUUACCCUCAGAGAUUAUCAUUAAAACCUGGCCAUUGUUUCAUGAGAUAUUUUGCUAACAGACAAUUAAAUCGGCAACACAAGCCCACAUUAUUCACUUUUUAUGGUGGUGGGUAAUGGAAACAUACAAUUCUACAUAUUUUAGCUCUAUUCAAAGGUUAAAAAAAACAUUACACAACUAAGUGAUAAACACGUUUUAUUGUCUUUGCCUUGWGUUUACAAAAAUAUGUUGGCGCAAUAAAGUUUUCCAUUUUAUGUGCAAAA